UCAGCCCGUGACGUCACGAGUUAGGAUGAAUUUUCAGGAAAAUUCUAAAGGCAGCUGGUGUAAAAGAGUGCGGUUAGUCACGGUAGAUGUUGGCGUAGCGAAGUGCGGGUAAUGUUUUACUGGUUUUAUUUAAAAGUUUUCUGAUCUUUUUUUCAUAUUAAUUUUAAUUUAUUGUAAUAAAGAUGCCUAGUGCGUGCUGUGUUCCUAACUGUAAAAGUAAUUACACGAAAAAUAGCCCCAAUAUUUCAGUAUUUUCGUUUCCAAGAGAUGAAAACACUAGAAGAGCAUGGAUCUCUGCAAUAAAGCGGGACAAUUUCGUGCCAACUAAAUAUAGUAAGGUCUGUGCUAAACAUUUUCCAGAAAAUCAGUUUUUAACUGUUAGAGAAGCGUUUAAUACCAGUACAGGAGAACUUAUUCAAGUACCAAUGGAGUAUAAAAGGCUUGUACCUGGUGCUGUACCUUCAAUUUUCCCUAAUUUACCCUCAUAUUUUUCUUCGGAAUCAAAAGCAAGAAGAGAAACUCCAAUGGAUAGGGCAACAUGUAAGGAUAUGGAAAACUUAAAAGCAGCUUUAAAUAGCAGUUUCCAGGACAUAGCAAAAAAAGAGGAGUUAGAAAAAAUCAAACUUUUUCUGAUUUAAUUUUAAAAUUUAAAAACUUUGAAUCAAAUAUAUGGAGUGUAAUUCAAAAAGCAAACAAAAUAAUUUUUAUUUGUCUAGACACUUCUCAAGCUCCUAAGGUAAGUCAUUCUUUAUUAAUUUCUUCCAAAUUAGAAGCCCAUGCAUAUGUUGCAGAUCAUGAGGUUAGAAGUUUAGGCAAUUUUUCUUUUCCAUUAGUCAUAAGUAAAUC